UGUGUGACUGACACUAAAAUCAAGAGCGGAAGAAGAAGAGAUCAACAUUUCUUUUUUCUUCCAAAAUUACUCGUUUAAAAAGGAAAAAAUAUGUUUCUGAAUCAAAUUCAAAUAUAAAUUGUUUAAAUUUGUAAAUACCGUUACCAAAGCCAAAUCAUCAGCACAACAUGAACGCGCGCAGCAUUGGCAUGCUUAAAAAGCUCCGGCACUCUUGGCGCACGUUACCAAGGCAUUUCGCCAACAAGGUGAGUUCACCCGCCGGCGAUGAAGUGGGUAGCGGUACCGGCAUUGGACAGAUCACCGGCGGUGUGCGCACCACCGAUGGGCCCCACACGGUGAACACGCCGUCCAAGGAAAUCGUGACGCACCUGCCACCUCUCACUGAUCCACUGCCCAAUCUUCCUGAGGCUGUCUAUGCGUCACCGAUGGCCGAGAGCGCCGUCACCAAGGUGACUACUCUUCCCAACGGCCUGCGGAUCGCGUCGGAGCCGCGGUAUGGGCAAUUCUGUACCGUGGGUCUGGUCAUCGAUUCCGGACCACGCUACGAAGUAGCCUACCCAAGUGGUGUAUCACAUUUCCUGGAGAAGCUGGCCUUCAAUUCCACCAUAAAUUUUCCCAACAAAGACGCCAUUCUUAAGGAGCUGGAGAAGAACGGCGGCAUUUGCGACUGCCAGAGUUCACGGGAUACGCUCAUCUACGCCGCCAGCAUUGACAGCCGAGCCAUCGACUCUGUCACCCGUCUGCUGGCGGACGUAACCCUGAGGCCAACCCUGAGCGAACAGGAGGUGAGCUUGGCUCGGCGCGCUGUCAACUUCGAACUGGAAACACUCGGCAUGCGACCGGAACAAGAGCCCAUACUGAUGGACAUGAUUCAUUCGGCAGCCUAUAGAGACAACACCUUGGGGCUGCCGAAGUUGUGCCCACUGGAAAACUUGGACCACAUCGAUCGCAAGGUGUUGAUGAACUACCUCAAGCACCAUCAUUCGCCUACGCGAAUGGUCAUUGCCGGCGUUGGCGUUGACCAUGACGAACUGGUUGAGCGUGUGCAGAAGUACUUUGUGGAUGAUAAGGCCAUUUGGGACAUUGAGGCGUUAGAAGAUUCGGGACCCACACAAGUGGAUACAUCCAUCGCACAGUACACGGGCGGCUUAGUAAAAGAACAGUGUGAGAUUCCCAUCUAUGCGGCUGCUGGGCUGCCCGAACUAGCCCACGUCGUGCUUGGAUUUGAGGGUUGCUCCCACCAGGACAAGGACUUUGUGCCAUUGUGCGUCUUGAACAUCAUGAUGGGCGGCGGUGGCUCCUUCUCUGCCGGUGGACCCGGCAAAGGAAUGUACUCGCGACUAUACACCAAGGUUCUGAACCGCUACCAUUGGAUGUACAGCGCCACGGCGUACAACCACGCCUACGCUGAUACCGGGGUCUUCUGCAUCCACGGCAGUGCCCCGCCACAGCAUAUGAACGAAAUGGUUGAGGUAAUCACCCGUGAAAUGGUGGCAAUGGCUGCUGAACCGGGACGAGAAGAACUGAUGCGUUCUAAGAUCCAGCUGCAGUCCAUGUUGCUGAUGAAUCUGGAGUCGCGGCCCGUCGUUUUCGAAGACGUUGGCCGUCAGGUUUUAGUUACGGGUCAUCGCAAACGGCCCGAGCAUUUCAUUAGAGAAAUUGAGAGUGUUACUGCCGCCGACAUUCAGCGUGUGGCCCAGCGCCUUCUUAGCUCCGCGCCGUCGGUGGCGGCCCGAGGCGACAUCCAAAACCUGCCCGAGAUGAGCCACAUUAAGAAUGCGGUAAGCGGAUCUGGACGUUCCGGUCUGGGCCGGCGACUGUCCCUCUUCAAAUAGCGCUGGAUGUGAGAUCGCUUUGUUGGGCUCGUUUUUCGCAAUUUUAUACGAAGAGUAUUUGUGUUAAGUUUGAAUUGGCAAAAAUAUUUACCAAAAUUCGAUUCAGUUAUUUCACUCAA